GUGACGUCACCAAGUCGCACUCGAUGGAUCGUGUUUGUGUGCUUGUGGGAUCCACUCAGGUAAUGCACACAGCAUUAGACGAGAAAAAAAAAGUUUUAGGGAGAUAAAAGUUUUCUUUUUUUGCCGGCGAAACUUGUGGGAAAACUUUUCGCCAGUCCUGGUCACAAUUGGAUUUUUUUUUUUUUUUAAACAUUCAAAUUGACUUCAUCUCCGUCCGUGGAUGUUUCUACACUGCUCAUGUGUGCCUCGUGGACAAAAUGAGGCAGCGUGUCAGUCCUUGCGGGGGACAAUGCAGCAAGAUGCUGCGUGGACGACGGUUCACCCACGACCGACAGAUCGGAACGUAAAGAAUGACCCUGGAGUCUUUGUAUGAGAAGUCCCUAAGAACUGGAGUGGUCAUACCAGGAUUAAAAAAUAAAUAAAAAAAUGAAGUUCAAAUAUGCGGCGGUCUUCAUCUUUAUCGUGGCGUUGGUCAUCAUCGAAAAGGAAAGCAAUAUCAUAUCAAGAAUGUCGGAUAAGAUCCUGCAAAGACCAACUCCACAGCAGAGCACACAAUCUUCACUGGAUGACAGCAACACGACCCAAACCGAGUUCAACGUGAUGCUCUCCAACGUUUCAGAAGAGAGUCGGAAUCUAAGCGAAGAACUUCCAAAUUAUGGCCAGAGGAACAUCUUACUCAUGGCCACCACAAGAACUGGGUCUUCAUUCAUGGGGGAACUCUUUAACCAGCACGGAGAGAACAUGUUCUACCUCUUUGAGCCUCUGUGGCAUGUCGAAGACACCAUGAAGACGACAAGGAACAGUAGUUUGCUGCCGGGGAUUUAUCGGGAUCUACUCCAGGGUCUCUUCUUGUGUGACUUCACCCAACUGGAGAAGUUCCUCUACCCCCCUGCCCAGGACCACGUGGCCUCGUGGCUAUUCCGCAGAUAUUCCAGUUUGUCCUUGUGCGAAGAGCAAGUCUGUAGCCCCUUCGUCAAGGAGGUUUUUGAGAGGCACCGCUGUAAAAAUCGACAGUGCGGUCCCCUCAACCUGACCCUGGCUUCGCAGUCGUGCCUUUCCAAACAAUACCGAGCCAUUAAGUCUGUUCGAGUGCAUCAGUUGGAAAUGCUGCGCCCUCUGGUGGAGGACCCUCGCAUGAACAUCAAAAUAAUCCAGUUAGUCCGAGAUCCACGUGCCAUAGUGGUGUCACGCAUGGUGGCCUUCUCUUUAAAGUACCAGACGUUGAAGCCUUCGGAGCAGGAGGGUCAGGUGCCCGAGACUGACGAAACGUGGAAAAACUUAAAAGGGAACUGCGACAACAUGAAAAGGUCCGCCGAGUUAGGCCUGAGCCAACCGCGCUGGCUGAGGAGAAGCUACAUGUUGGUGCGCUACGAAGACAUCGCUCGCAACCCGAUACAGAAAGCGGAGGAGAUGUACAGAUUCACGGGGAUCCCGUUCAGCCCCAAAGCUCGCGAGUGGGUCUUGAAGAACACCCAAACCACACGGGAUGCCAACGACUUCUUCUCCACCCAGAGGAAUUCGUCAGAGCAGGCGGAGAAAUGGAGAUAUGGAAUUCCUUUCACAUUAGCUCAGGCGGUGCAGCGACUGUGCGGACCUACCAUGAAGCUCUUUGGCUACAAGUUUGUGGACGAUGCAAAGACCCUCGUCAAUAAGUCCAUCAGCUUGUGUGAGGACAAGACAUUUCACUAAAGUCUGGAGAUUAUGUCUUGAAGCGAAAGCCAGGUGCUGUAGCGUUAACUGACCGUCUCGAUGGCGUAUGAAGGUAUCCACUGUGACUCGGCCUCAAUGGCUGCAUUGUGUUCACUUUGGCUCGGGUUCAGCUAACAUUGCCCUUUUUUGGCUAGCGAAAAGGGAUUUUUGCAACUACAUAUACUCUCCUUGAUUUAAAAUGUGAACAUUUGCAGCCGGUAAACGGCCAACAUGGAAGCGUUUAAAAACAAAAUGGCUAGAGUGAAGUCACAAGGGAGCCUGAAACAAGUCGACUCAUUCAAUAACUCAGUUCGGCUAUUACGUUUUAGGAACAAGGAGUCUUGUUGUCCAAGUCUUAAAGGUCAAGUGUGACUAAAAGACUUGACAAACCUACUCUGAAGUAUGACACUUAUUUUAAAAUGAGACCAGAAAAGU